AUGAAAAUUAGAAUUUUUCCAUUUGUAAAAAUAUAUGAUUUUAAUUCAGUAUAUGAAUUAUUAAGAAAAGAAUUGGCAGAUUUCCCAGCAUUUAAAUUAGUUUUUAAAGAAGUUUCAUUCUUUCAACAUGGUAGUAAUUAUGUUGUUUGGUUAAAACCAGAAACACCCGAAGAUCCAACAAUAAUUAAUCGUCUCCAAGCUAAAUUAGAGUCAUUACUCCCUGGAUUUAAUGAAUUAAGUAAUAAAUCACCUAGCGGAUUUCAACCUCAUUUAACUCUUGGUCAAUUUAAUGGAAAAAGAGAAGCAGAACAAAAGAUAGCUAGUAUACAAGCAGAGUUACAACCAAUAGAAUUUGAAGUUUCAGAGAUAUAUAUGAUUAAUAGGAAUGGGGAAGUUCCAUUUUCCAUUGAAAAUACAAUAAAGUUAUCAAGAAAAAUUUAA